CCCACCCCACCCCUCCCACUGCUUUCUUCCUUCGCUCUCCCCUGCCUUCUCUACCAUUCCACUCCUUCCCCUCUCUUGGUCUCCCUGCCUUUCUGCUUCUCUGUUCCAUUUUUUUUCAUUUUUGUUUCCUGGCUGUAUCUACAUUUUUUUAACCUUAGUUCUUUCUAUGCAAAUUUUCAGAACCCACAAAUUCUCAAGACAGCAAUUUUUUCACCAUGGCUGACAGGAAUCGUAUGCUCGCGAAAAGAAAAGAGAGAAGAGAAGAAGAGUCUGCUGAAACGACCAAGGACGCAAAAGAAGUGAAGAAUGAAGGACAGCAGGCAGAGCAGGCAGUGGAUAAAGCAGAGACACAAUCAGCUGAGGCUGCAGUGGCUAACGGUCAGAGUGAAGAAUUUAAGGUUGAACCAAUGGAACUCCCUCCAUUUGAAAUCAUCAGUGGGGACCGGAUUGAUCCUUUUGCCUUUAAGUUCCAGUUCAAGAAUGUGGAAUACUCCUCUGGCCGCAACAAGACCUACCUGUGCUACCUUGUGGAUAAACCUGAUGGGCUACUGAGAGGCUACCUGGAGGAUGAGCAUAUGGGGCCCCAUGCUGAGGAGGCAUUCUUCAUACAGUGUCUGCCCGACUAUGAGCCUGCAUACAAAUACACAGUCACCUGGUAUGUGUCUUCCAGUCCAUGCUGUGCUUGUGCAGCAAAGAUAGCUGAAGUGUUGAAGGCCAGGAAAACCCUCAAGCUGAGUAUCUUUGCUGCUCGGCUCUUUGAGUGGGAGGAAACGGAGAUCCAGGCUGGAUUGAAGGCCCUUCAUGCCGGUGGCUGUAAACUGAGGGUGAUGAAGCCCCUGGACUUCUCCUACACCUGGGACACGUUUGUGGAGAACGAGGAUGAACCUCUGAACCUGUGGGAGGACUGCAAAGAGAACUAUGAGUAUUACCAGGAGAAGCUGGCUGAAAUUCUACAGUGAGCACAGAAUCCAGCUUGGAUGUGUUCGCCCUCAGUCAUCAUCAUUACUUUACAGAUCAUUCAUGUUGAUAUUAUUCUUGUAUCAUAGUGCAUAUGAAUCUGUGAGAGUAGUUUAGCUGUGUGUGUAUAUGUUUGUUUGUGUGUGUGUGUAUGUGUGCGUGUGUGUGUGUGUGUGUGUGUGUGUGUGUGUGUGUUGCCUUUGCUUUAGUGUGUUUAUGGAUGCUGCAAUCACACUUUUUUGUGCCACAGUGAAAGACCCUCUCCACAACAUCUGACAGCCAUCCCCACAUCUGGUUUCCUGUGUGUGAAAGACAACUGGGCCUGAUGUACACUUUGAGAAAGUAAUGGGAUUAAAAUAGCUGUUACACCUCUAGUCCUCUGCUCACCACUCUCUGUACAUUGUGACAGUUAAAUAAAACAAAUGGACACAUACUUGUUUACA